UAUGCGGAGCUGGCCAAAAUUGUAUUCAAAUACGUAAACAAUAAGAUGUCUCAAUGUUUUCUGUUACUUUCCCAUUGUUGAAAUGUGAAGUUAAACAAGAUGAUGAAACAAGAAGAGUUGAUCGAACCUCGGCGGUCGUAUAAAUUAGCGCACCAAGUUCUUUGCAUUAAAGCAAUCAAUUUCAACAAACAGUCCCUCAUAGGAUAUGUUGAAUUGACCAUCUAUCCCUUGCGAGCUGACUUAAGGGAAAUAAAGAUAAACAGCAAACAAAGUCGUAUAUACCGUAUCUUGGUGAACGGAAGCUGGGAAUGCAAGUUCUGGUACAGCGACCCAACCCUGGAGGCUGUGCAGAAGGAGGAACAAACCAGAACACGAAGUUUAGACAACUUUGAGAAGGAGUACCUGUCUGGUUUGAACUCAGUGAACCCAGACUUUGGGAAUGGCGAGGUGUUUAUCAAACUGCCGCCGGAGGCCAUACCGACGAUUGCAGACUUGCAGCCCCUACGUAUCAAUAUUGAGUUUUCCCUGGAGCAACCAGAAGGGGGACUUCACUUUGUGGUUCCCGGGAAUGAAGGCUCGAUGGCUGAGAGGGGGGCCCACAUGUUCUCAUACAGGGUGGAAAACUCAGCAAGGUUAUGGUUCCCGUGCAUUGACUGUUACGCGGAGCCAUGCACAUGGAAGCUCGAGUUCACGUGUGACCUGUCCAUGACUGCAGUGUCAUGCGGGGACCUGCUAGAGAUGGUCUAUACGUCUGACAGGAGGCAGAAAACAUAUCACUACUACCUGAGCACUCCAACAUCUGCCCCUAACAUAGCUGUGGCCAUUGGCCCAUUUGAGAUGCUGGUGGACCCAAACAUGCACGAGGUGACCCACUUCUGCCUGCCCCAUCUGAAGAGCAUCCUCAAACAUACAACCAGCUACCUGCAUGAGAGUUUUGAGUUUUUUGAGGAGCUGAUGUCAAGUCGCUACCCAUACUCAUGCUACAAGCAGGUGUUUGUGGAUGAGGCAUAUGAGGACGCUCAGUCCUUCGCCACGAUGACCAUAUUCAGCACAAAUCUGCUGCACUCCAGUCGUAUUAUUGACCAGACCAUCAUUACUCGCAAAUACAUGGCCAGUGCCAUCGCCCAGCAGUUCUUUGGCUGCUUCAUUGUUAUGCAGACCUGGUGUGACGCCUGGCUACCAAAGGGAAUAUCAGCCUUCCUUGGGGAGCUGUUUGUGAAGAAAACAUUUGGCAACAAUGAGUACAAACACGGCAUUGCACAGUGUCUUCGUGAGGUGGAGCAGUAUGAGGCCUUGUCUGGGGGAAUAGUGCUGGACCCAUCCUACUCCAAGCCGGCCACAUAUUUCUCGUGCAUGCAGCCCCAGACAAUCUCGCCGACAUACAUGGAAAUGUACCAUAAGAAGGCCCUCCUUAUUGUCCGCAUGCUAGAGGCAAGGAUCGGAGCCACACUCCUGCUCCAGGUGUUUAACAAGCUGCAGGCUCUGGCGUUCACAGCAUCCCAGCAGAAGUUUAUGGCCACUGCCUGGAACAACAUGCUCCUCUCAACAAACUCAUUUCUGAAGGUGAUAUUCACAGUAACCGGGAAGGAUAUCCAACCCUUUAUUGACCAGUGGGUCUGUCAGAGUGGCUGUGCGCGGUUUGUGGGCAACUUUGUGUUCAACAGGAAGCGUAAUGUUGUGGAGAUUGAGAUCAGACAGGACUACACGGCCAAGGGCUCCUUAAGAUAUGUGGGUCCCCUGGAGGUGACCAUUCAGGAGCUGGAUGGCUCGUUUAACCACACCUUCAACAUUGAGGAGAACAAGACCAAAUUUGAAAUCACAUGUCACUCUAAAAGCAGAAGAAACAAGAAAAAGAAGAUCCCCCUAUUGACAGGCGAGGAGGUGGACAUGGAUCUCAGUGCUAUGGAUGCUGACUCCCCGGUGUUGUGGCUGCGUAUGGACAAGGACCUGAACCUGCUACGCAGUAUCACAUGGGAGCAGCCUGACUACAUGUCGCAGUACCAGCUCCGCUACGAGAGGGACGUAGUCGCACAGUGUGAGGCAAUCCAGGCAUUGAAGGCCUUUCCCUCUGCGGCCACUCGUAAAGCCCUCACAGAUGUGCUGGAGUGUGAACAGAGCUACUACAAGGUCCGCAUAGAGGCUGCCAUGUGUUUAGCCAAGAUUGCAAACAUGAUGGUAUCAACGUGGGCGGGCCCGCCAGCCAUGCUGACCAUCUUCAGGAAACUGUUUGGCUCCCACUCUUGUCCCUCCAUUGUCAGGCAAAACAACUUCACCAACCUCCAACAUUACUUUCUCAUUAAGGCGAUCCCCCAGGCAAUGGCCCAGCUGCGGAACCUGCACAACAUUUGUCCACCCGAGGUCGUACGCUUCCUGCUAGACCUCUUUAAGUACAAUGACAACUCCAAAAACAAGUACUCGGACAACUACUACCGGGCAGCGCUGGUUGAUGCCUUGGCUGCCACAGUUACACCAGCUGUCACCACAGUAACACUUACUGGUCAAAGUGUGAAUACUGACCUGUCAUCGGAUACCAAGGCCAUUCUGGAGGAGGUGACAAGAUGUCUUAACCUGGAGAAACUGCUGCCUUGUUACGGACACACGGUCACUGUUAGCUGCCUGCGUGCAAUCCGUAUCCUGCAGAAGUUUGGCCACCUCCCGAGUGACCCAUCGAUCUUCCGGAGCUACGCCCAGCAUGGAGUGUACCAGGAUGUCAGACUGGUCGCCAUAGAGAGCCUUGUGGACUUUAUCAAGACGGAUGUGAAUGUGUCCGAGCUGUACUGGUUGCUGGAGGUGGUGGACCGGGACCCGGACAGAUUUGUCAGUUAUGAGACAAUCCGGAUGUUGAGCGCCAAGCCGCCUUUCAACCGUGGGGAGGACAGCCUGCUCAAUACAGAGGCCCUUGUCAACCGGCUCUGGAAACUCAUCAAUUGUAGCCUGGCUAGUGACAGCAAGAUCCGGUGUGGGGUUGUGGACUUCUACUUUGCCAUGUUUGGCAAAUACAGGCCUGCCUGUCUUCAUGUGCCAGAUAGUUUCAUGGUGUUCUCAAAUGUGAAGGAGAAGAAGCCUAUCAAUCCUGCAAUCGUCUCGGAGACGAUGACGGACAUGUUUGAGGAUGAUGACGAGGAUAUACCCAGCCUCGGGGCCACCACAUCACUGCAAACCAGCUCCUUAUUGCUGGACUCUGCUGCCUCCCCCAUUAUUUCCAUGGAUACCCCAACGGGUGGGAUAAAACGUCGGGCAGAAUCCCCUCCCUUUGCCCCACCCUCCAAGUUCACCUCGCUCAUGAAACAAGAGAGCUCCAGCAGUCUCCAUGGUGAUGGGCCAGCACCUGUCAAGAAACUCAAGAUCAUGUUUGGCCGCUGUAGCAGCGUGGAGGAGGGCGUCAAUGUCACUACGAGCAAAUCUGUUGCCCCGGUAACAAAGGUAGAACGGUUGCCACCGGUUUUGUUGCCAGAGUUCCUUAGAUUCUCAUGGGGUGGUGUUGACUCACCAGAGGGUCGUGGCAGCAGGGCAGAAGCCCCUGUGCUCCCCCUAGCCAUGGCCGGGGGUUUGGACAGCUGCAGCCAGAGUCGCCUCAGUGAGGACUCCAACUCCUCUCAGGGGGACUCCUCCCAGUCACGCCCUCCCACCACAGUGGCUCCAGCAUCGGGGCCGACAUCGUUCCAUGGUCUGUUUCCCAGCAGUGCGUCCAGCAGUGCCAACGUUCUGCCUCCUACACCCUCCUCUCAACCCACAACAGACACACAGGUAGGUGAUAUGACGGGUGACUCCACCAGACACAGGUUGAAGAAGAAGAAAAAGAAGAACAAGCAUAAACAUAAACAUAAACACAAGCAUGACCGGGCAGAUAGGGGGCGUGAGAGGAGCGGGGACAGGGGGUGGGGGGAGAGGGGAGUGGCCAGUCCCAUGGUCCCCUCUGUCCAGUCGGUCACCUCCAUGUCCUCCAACACUCGAGACUCAGCACCCAGCUCCCCGGACUUUGAGGUCAUCUGAGUUCCCAUGAGGUUUAUGUGGGCAGACUUAAGCUAGGAACUUGGUGAAGCACGUGCAGUGGUCACGUGACUUGGGGACUUUCUUAAGUUUUUGACGAGCACAAGUUACCUGAAGGCAAAACAGCUGAAAAUAUAAUGAGGACAUGACUUUUGUAGAGCUGUUCUUGUAAAGUGCUCACUCAAAGACAUUGUUAAUGGUCUUUAAGACAGUCCAUUUCUUGGAAGUGUAUGUGUCUUUGUUGACUGAACUACUAGUACUGUUUAUGUAAUACUAGUCUAUUCGGAAAAUAAAGAAAUGAAAUUUU